AUGUCAACAGAAAAAGAGUUUGGAGUUUCAUUAAGACAACGCAUUGCAAAUUUUGACAUAUCGAAUCCCAGAGAUUUAAUAAGUCAACUUAUUAGAGAAUAUCGAAAUGAAACCAAAAGCUAUUGUGCUCUUAAUAGUUUUAUGAUCUACCGAAAUUUAUUAGUUAAAGCAUUACACUCUUCCGGUCUUAAUCUACAAGCUAAGGAGAUCUCUCACUUAGCCUCGAAAAAUUGGAGAAAUAAAUCGGCAACCGAUAAACAAAUAUACCGCGAUGCGUGUCGUGAAUUAAACUCUUUCACAAAACACACAAAAAAUUUGAAAAAAUCCAAGAUUUUUUCAACUGUGCUCACGCCCGAAAACUUCCCAAAGAAAACCAAAUCUUCUCAAUCUUCGGUAAAGAAGACGAUGAGUGAAAAAACUAAAGAAAAUUCUGACUCGCAACCAUCAGAUCAGACAUUCUGUGAAGAACCAGAACACACGCUCUGUGAAGUAUUAGAAAAUAUACUUUGCGAAGAGUUGUGGUAUGAGCGGGAUCGUCUAUCUGCCGAGUCAACUAUAUUCUUUUAA